UUUUUAUUGAAGGAUAUUGAAGAAUCACAAAACCAUCCUGGUGAGCCAGUCAUCGAUGACUACAAAAAGAUGGGAACACUCUUUGGCGAAUUGAAUAAAAACCUACUCAGCAUGGGCUUCACACGGAUGUACUUUGGAGAAAGAAUUGUGGAACCAGUAAUAAUCAUUUUCUUUUGGCUUAUGCUGUGGUUCCUUGGCCUGCAAGCCUUUGGACUGGUUGCUGUUCUUUGCCUUGUUAUUAUUUAUGUUCAGCAGUAAGAUAUGUUUGACAUUUAGCGACCACCAGUGAGGUUAAUAUAUUUCACUACAAGAGAGCAGAAAUGUUUGCCUUGUUUCAGAUUGUGAACUAUUUUGUAAUUAAAUUUUAAGUGGCUGUUGUUUAAAAUGAACUCAACUCUUGAUUAUAAGAGGGUUGAAGACACGUUUGUAGAUUAUUCAAAAACACUCUUUUUUUCUGGUGGUGAUCUUUGCCCACUUUUAUACAUGCCUGUCCCCAUGCCAAAUCUUAAAGAACUUCAUGCAGAAGUGAUAAGGAAAAAGGAAGGGUAUGGAGAAAUUUAGAUUGGGAAAUAUAGAUCUUGUAAAGAGCCCAACAACAUUUUAGAAGAAAAAGAAUGAAGCAAUGAGCAAAAUAAGACUGACUUGCUAGCCCACCAAAUAAUCCUGUAUUAUAUGGGAUAUAUUUAAGUAUUGAUUUUGCUCAACUCAAACCAUUGCUAAUGAGAAGUCACUAUUCACUGUCUUAAUAUUUUCAUG